CAGGGAGACAGGAUCAUGUGGCUGCCCCCAGUGCUGCUCCUUCUCUGUCUCCCAGGCUGUCCAUCUCUGACAGGCCCCAGCUCUGUAAGUGGCACCACAGGGGGCUCUGUGAGCGUGCAGUGUCGGUAUGAGGAUGUGUACAAGGGGUAUAACAAAUACUGGCGCUGAGGACAGUAUGACACAGCAUGUGACGUAAUUGUGGAGACCAAAGGAGAAGAGAAAGAAGAGAGGAAUGGCUGUGUGACCAUCAGAGACCAUGCUGAUAACCUCACCCUCAUGGUGACGGUGGAGAAUCUCAACACAGAUGACGCUGGGUCUUACUGGUGCAGAAUUCAGACAAUGUGGAUCCUGGAUGCAUUGUCACAUGACCCCUCGGUCCAGGUUAAUGUGUCUGUGUAUCCAGAUAAGAGUUCCCUGCACUCCAGCAGCAGAAUUAUGGGAUCAACAGAGAGGACCAAACUUCCAGUCACACCUCUGGGGACUGCUGGACAAAACCUCAGCACCACGUUGUCUCACCACCCGGGGUCUCUGCUCAGCAGCAUCCACUUCCUGCUCCUGGUCUUCCUGAAGGUGCCCCUGUUCCUGAGCAUUCUCAGUGCUGUCCUCUGGGUGAACAGGCCUCAAAGGGAUCCUGGGGGAAGUAGAGUUAGCCUGUCCAGGAGGAACCACAGGUCACCAUCCCAGGAAUGCCUUGUCCCGGGAUACGGCCCUUCAGACAAGAUGAGAAAGACCUUCGGACUCCAAGCCCCAGGGCAGGAGGAGAAGUGA